UAUUUUUUCUUUCGAUAUGUUUAUCUUUCGAUCAUUUUUCUUUCGACGUUUUUUUUUUCGACCUUUUUUUUUCGACCUUUUUUAUUUCGGCAUUUUUUGUUUCGACAUUUUCUUUUUCGACCUUUUUUUUUCGACGUUUUUACUUUCGACAUUUUUUUUUUCGACAUUUUCUAUGCCAUUCUCUCUUUCCUAGACAGAUGAGAUGAUACGUCACUCUUUCCGUCACGGAUGAGUAAAUUAAUUCAUAAGUUCGUUCUUCUUCGAUGUAGUAAAUAGAAGAAGAUCGGUCACGGCACCAAAUUGUUAGCUCGCUUCGACGAGCUUAUGUUUAUUUUUUUAAUCCCCCCCUGCCCUUAAAUUUAAGUACAUAUCUAUAUACAAGAAAACGAAAAGGAAAACAAAAAAGAAAGAAACGAACAUAGACUUAGAUAACAAAGAAAAAGAUAGAAAGAAAAGGUAGAGAGAUCGAGGGAGAUGAAUGAUGUUCAUUCACCGCUAACAGAUACAUCUUGAAUUAUUUACGUGAUAACUACAUUGAUAUUCCUUCUGAUCGAAUUGUUCAAAAUGAACUUUUACGUGAAGCUCAGUAUUACUGUCUUGAUAAUUUAGUAAAAUUCCUCAAGAUAGGAAUCGAUGCAUUCAUUUCAUCUGAUGAAUUCAAAUUUGUCGGUAAAUGGAUAAAUCCAACACGUGGUUACACAUAUGAUUUCAAGAUGACUCUUAAAAUCAAAAGGUGAUUACAAGGAAGAAAUAGAAACUGUGCCAAUUGAAGGUUGUAUUUUAUGGUCGCUAGAAAAAGCUCCAGAAAAUUCACAUAUUCUUCAUCGCAUUGGAGAUUAUGGUCGAGAAUUUGUCGAAGGUACAUUUCAUAGAGAUAAAUGUCAAAUGGAGUUUCAGGGUGUGAGAAAAGACGUCAGUGCUGAAGGUUUAAUUGCUCUCGAUCAAUAUAGAAUUACUUUGAGUGAAGAUGGGCAAUCAUUUGAAGGUUUAACAUUGGGAAAUGAUCGUUUAUGGGCUAAUAUAAUGAAAGGCAAAACAGAAGAAGCAAUUAGACGGGAAGCAAUAGAUGAACAAAUCAAAGUUUAUCAUCAAAAAAACAAGCAAUGA